AUGGUUAACACAAAUCCAUAAAUAAGCUGCUUCUAAGAUCCACAGUUAAACUUAAUUAGCUCUAAACAAUGAUUCUGCAGUUUACAAUAUUUCAUAUCAUCUUAGCUCUAAUAUUCCCCAUAUUUCCUCCAUUAACAUCAGCACAACAAGAAGAUGGAAUCAUAGCACAGCAAGGUUGUAAUUCAACAUGCGGAACAAUGUCAAUUCCUUUUCCAUUCGGAAUGAAAGAACCUCGUUGUUAUGCAGACAAAUGGUUUGAAAUAGAGUGCAAAUUAGACAACAAUUCUCAAAAUCCAAAACCAUAUUUGAAGUCUUUAAAUCUUGAGGUAAAUAAUUUUUACCUGGACUUAGGCUUGGUUGAGAUUAUGAAUCCAAUUCAUCGUCCAAACUGUCGAAAAUAUAAUAACAAUAAAACCGUUAUUAUAAACCUUGGAGGCGGUCCUUUCAUAUAUUCACAGGAUUACAACAAAUUUCUAGCUGUUGGAUGUAACAAUCUUGCUUUUAUACAAUCAAGUGGAAACAUGGUUGGUGGUUGUGUAUCAAUUUGCGAUGACAACAACAUAAACAGCAAUUACUUCAAUUUGAGUAGUGAUGGUUGUAAUGGAAGAUAUUGUUGUGAAACUUCAUUGCCUAUGCAUCUUUCAGAAUAUAAUGCGACGUUACAAGGUUUAAGGGGACCAAAUAUUAGUGAGUGUAGCUAUGCUUUGAUUUUAAGUCGUCGUUGGGUAUAUUUUGAUGGGUUGUCAUCAUAUUUGAGUACUUAUUAUCUUGAGAAUUUUAAUAAGUUGGAGGAUAUGGAGUAUGCACCAGCAAUGCUUGAGUGGGAAAUUUUGAAUGAUAUGUUGAUUAAUUCUACAUUUCAACUUCCUUCAGAUUCAUAUUCAAAUUGUUAUGAUUCCCAAGUUACAUCCAUAAAUAACAGAAACACUGGUCGGCAAUGCCAAUGCUUCUCGGGUUACUUUGGCAAUCCCUACAUUGCUGGAGGCUGCACAGAAAGUGAAGUAUUCAAUAAUAAGAACAACCGGUCAAAGAAGUCGGCUAUUGUAGGGGUUUCAUCAAGUCUCGGAUCCAUAGGUUUCAUGAUUGGUCUAUGGUUAUUACACAAAGAUAUGAAGAAAAGAAUGAUAAAGAAACGAAAAGAAAAAUUCUUCAAAAGAAAUGGUGGUUUGUUGUUAAAACAAAGAAUGUCUUCAGGAGAAGUAAAUAUUGACAGAACUACUCUCUUCACCUUAAAGGAUCUAAAGAAAGCCACCGACAACUUCAAUAAGAAUAGAGUUCUUGGAAAAGGAGGUCAAGGAACAGUUUACAAAGGCAUGCUAGUAGACGGUAAAAUUGUUGCAGUGAAAAAGUUUAAGGUUGAAGGAAAGGUCGAAGAGUUUAUUAACGAGUUUGUUAUUCUUUCACAAAUCAACAAUAGAAAUGUGGUCAAGAUAUUAGGAUGUUGUUUGGAGACAGAAAUUCCAUUGCUUGUUUAUGAAUUCAUUCCUAAUGGUGACCUUUUUCAGUAUUUGCACGACCAAAAUGAAGACAUACCAAUGACAUGGGACAUGCGUUUGAGAAUUGGUACGGAAAUUGCUGGAGCAUUAUUUUACUUACACUCAAUUGCAUCUCAACCCAUUUAUCAUAGAGAUAUCAAAUCUACAAAUAUACUACUUGAUGAAAAAUAUAGGCCAAAAUUAGCAGAUUUCGGAGUAUCAAGAAUAAUUUCAAUUGAAGCUACUCACCUUACCACAGUAGUUCAAGGUACUUUUGGUUACUUAGACCCUGAGUACUUUCAUACAAGUCAAUUUACUGAGAAAAGUGAUGUGUACAGCUUCGGAGUUGUUCUUGCUGAACUUUUAACGGGUAAGAAGCCAAUAUCUGCAAUAGGAUCUGGGGAAUACCAAAAUUUAGCUUCCUAUUUUAUUCAGUGUAUAGAGGAGGAUAUGUUGUUUGAUAUUAUUGACAAAAGGGUUACGAAAGAAGGGGAGAAAGAACAUGUCGUUGCAGUUGCAAAUCUUGCGUAUAGAUGCUUAGAGUUGAACGGAAGAAAACGACCAACAAUGAAAGAAGUUACAUUAAAAUUGGAAGGGAUCAGGGGAUUGAAUAAGAAACUUAGUGCACAGCAAAACCAUGAGGAAAUUGAGCUUCCUGAAAUUGAAGAGCACCAACCUUGGGAUGAGUUUUCUACGUCGAGUUCAUUGCAAAUUGUUGACAGUCAAACAUACUCCACAGACUCGGAGGUUAUGCAUAUUAUUGAAUUAAAAUAGUUGGUUUGUAUGAUUUUUUUUUUUUUUGUUGAAUUUAUUUUUGUAACAUGUAUUAUAAACAAGAGUUUUCUUAGGCUUUGAAUAUCAUAUAGGGCAACGUUUGGUUAUUGAUAAUGAAUAAUGAAUUACACUGGAUUUUCUUACAAGUUAA